UCUUAAUCAUGGCAGCAUCAGUUCAAGGUCACAUUGUGGAGCAAAGACAUGAGCUUAUGGUUUGUCUCACUGGAGGCAUACCAAUUUGGAGAAAAGCCCAUUUUAUUAAACCAUCCAUUUCAUCCAUUGAUGGACCAACCAUAAAGCUUCCAUCUCUGUCCCCUAUGCCAAUUUGGCCUCUUGAAGUCGUUUUCAGUGGGUGGAUGGAUCCAAUCAAGAAAUGGAAAACAUGGGUCGACAAAUUGGAGUCAAAAUACCACUCUUUCUGGAAAAAGGUCGGGAUAUAUGAAGCUAUCAAGGCGUCCCCGUGCAUAAUACAUGAUGAUAGUGAUUUGAUUUUCGGGCUUGCAGAAAGAUGGUGUUCUGAGACUAAUACCCCUUUUUUGCCAUGGGGUGAGGCAACUAUUACAUUGGAGGAUUUGCUGAUUUUGGGCGGUUUUUCAGUUUUGGGCAGUCCUGUUCCUCUUGAGUCCCCGGAACUUGUUGAUAUUGAAAAUCCUUUCAUCAGUUUUACUACAAAUAACCAUUGUCAGUGGUUGACUAUGUUCAUGGAUGAGGGCACUGAAUCUGAGCACAUAGCUUUUCUUUCUCUAUGGUUGUCAAGGUUUGUUUUUCCAGGAAACGUACUGGAUCAUAUUGGUAAUCAUGUUUUUCGGAUUGCAAUUUACCUUGCUCGAGGAACCCGGUUGGCGCUCGCACCUGCUGUUCUAGCUAGCAUAUAUAGGGACAUGGGCCUGUUGAAAGCAUCAAUGGCUGAUUCAACUCAGAUAAAGGAUGGCAGCUUUUUGUCCUUUGCCCUUUGGUCACCAUUGUGUUACAUUCAAGUCUGGGCUUGGGAGAGGCUGCCAAUACUGCGCCCGAAGCCUAAUUUCAUGAAUGAGACCAUGGAUAAUUGGUCAAUCCCUAAACUGUACAAGGAAAAGGAAGAUUGGGUUGUUGGAUACGAUUUAGAUUCUGAAUUAGAAUCCUUGGCUAGAUGUUUGAGGCCUUCUAAACUUGUUUGGAUUGAUUGUCAAGAACCUAAUAAUGCAUAUCGAGUAGCUAUGCAAUUUGGACUCGAUCAAGAUCUACCUGGAUGGAUUUCCUGGGACAAUAUAAGCCGUGAUAUUGCCUGGUACAAUUUUACGAGGCCUUUAAGCUAUGAUAAUUGGCUAUAUCUUCCAUCUAGACUUUCUGAAUCGGAUGUGACUGCACGGUAUUUGGAAUGGUGGAGGAAAAUAGUUUUAUGUCCGGUUGAUGACUUCAAAAAUGUGGUAAAACGACAAAGAAGUUCACGAGUACCUCGUUAUCGUCCAGAUAAGUUAAUGAAACUCUCAUUUGGCAAGGUUGCAAUUUGGUAUCAGAUUCCAGUGCGAUGACGGAUCGUCUAGCCAAGCGAAGCAUUAUCCUGCUGCUUUAUUUCAAAGCGCUUCGACUACGACUGGAGGGGUUGGAUUGUCUUCUAAGAUGAAGCUAAUAGUAAAACAAGAAGAAGUUACAGAGCAAAAAAAUUCAAGCACCGACCGUGAUGUCCCUCCUGGUUUCCUACCCAAAUCCCGUGAAGGAGAAGGAAAAAGUAUGUUGCAAACUUGUAGAAAAUUCCAAAGCAAUGAGGACAGAUCCUCGUGCAAUUCAGCUGUGCUGCUCAUUUUCAUAGUUCUUCAUUUACUAUGGCAGGUUUGAAGCCAUCGAGAAAGCAUGGAGAAGAUUUUCUACACAUUGCAGGUGUAAGAAUAACAAGAUCAAUGACAAGGUCAAAGACAGACACAGACAAAUUUUAAGGGCAUAGAGAUAAAAUGCAAUGAGGAGAGAUCAUCCUCCAAUGUAGCCUCACAAAAUGCACCCUGGGAUAAAACUGGGAGGACAUAAUGUGCAGGGUAGGCUUGCAAUAGGAAAAUCUGUCAUGGUCGAAGAACAAGCUCAUGGGAUUACAAGUGGAGAAAAUAUAUCGAUUCAGAAAGGAGAUAUCGUGACUAAAUCUGAGUCGACAAGAAUUUUGGAACUUGAAGCUCGCAAAAGAAUGCUCGAGAGUGAACUAGCAACGCUGAAGAAAUAGUUAACAUGAACAGAACAUGCUGCUCAUCAUGUUUCUGAGAUUACAAUCUUAUUAAUUUUGUUUCUUACCUUUAUUUUAACUUCCCUAUAUUUUAGUUUAAUGGAGAAAUGACAUUAUUAGCUUUAUUGAACA